AUGUCUUCCAAGUCUCGGGAGGACAAGUCCUCCAGCGGCUUUCACCAAGAGUACAUCGCGUCCCUACGCUAUCGCAAUGACCUCCCGCCGCCGCACAUGCCUCCAAAGCUCCUCGAUAUUCCUCACGAGGGCCUUAGCCGAUUCCUCACCCCAGGCUUUGCGUCCAAUCUUGCGCGGCGUGAGGAGCCUAAUAUUGAUGUUGAUGCCGAGGGUGGUAUGCCCAUCGACCUAGUUGGCCUCCCGGGUCUGCAUUUGGGGGAUGAGAGUGCUAUUAUGGUCCCCGAGCACCCGCAACCCAUCGAUCCUGCGGACCUCCCGCUUUUAAUGACUCUUGACCAGCUCCGCAACCCCGCUCCGAGAAACACCAAUGUCAGCUUCCUUCGUCGUACUCAGCAUAUCUCAGUUGAUCGAGGUGCUACGACCGCAAACCCUCUCAUCAAGGCACAGAGCCGUGCGACGAAGAAGGGGAAGACCUCCGUGGAGGACCCGAAGCAUAUCAAGAAGUUCAUCCAGAAGGGAUUCGAUGUUGCUUAUCCCCAGAGUAAGCACACUGGCGAAGAUACGGAGAGUCGACUCCGGGGUCUUCCGGCCACAAAGGCGGAAACCGACGCUUGGGCGCACCCUGUCCACCCCGACAACCCGAAGCUAAAGCCUGUCGGGUUCUUUCCCGUGCUGCCUGAUCUUUCGGGCUUCCCUGACCCCGGUGGCUUCGUUCAAUUCAAAUUCGACAAGGCUCCUGUCCCUGCAGUCGCUGGUAAGCGUGACAAACGCAUGGACGUCGCUCUGCUUCACCCAUCGGCACCCGAAGAGCGCAUCUGCCAGGAACACGCCUCGAAGCAAGCCCUUCACAAAGCCAACCCUGGUCUUUAUCCUGACCCGGGUCCCAUUCCCUUCGACUACGACCUACACCUCCCUGAGAAGCGUGAUUCAGUGAAGAAAGUUCACGCCAGCAUGGACUUGAACCACCCAGACCGAGACGACCAGGACCUUUAUACCAACGAAGGCCCUGAUGGCGCGAGAUACCACCGCUAUGACCGUGAACGCACCUUCGCAACGAGCGCUCAAAUUCUGAAUACCGAUCAGAAGUUGAAAGAUAUUGCGCUUACUCUUUACCAACCGCGUGAGGGUGAGACCAAGCAGCAGGCCGCCUACUACUACCCCAUCGUCAGCAAGGUGCGCCUGAAGCCCGAGCGUGCUCGCACUAUUGCCCAGGCUGGACUUGCUCCCACUGCGUCGCAGGCGCCCGUAGACAAGAUUGACCAGGUGCACGUCACAAUCCGUGACCCUGACGAGGCGGAAGUCUACAAGCGCUCGCUGCACCGCGCGAACAUCGAUCCGAAAUUUGCGCAGACCCUCCCACCUCCUCCAGUCGAGGAGACCGCUGCUCUCGAAGAGGAGAAUAUAGGUGAUGACAAUCAGAUGAGCGACGAGUAA